AUGUUCUUAAUAAUCUUGAUAGUUUUAGCCAUAGUUGCGCUUGUGUAUGUGUAUUUGACAUGGAAUUUUGACUAUUGGACAAAACGUGGAAUUCCAGCGCCAAAAACAAAAGUUCUUUUUGGUGACUUACCAAAUGGAUUGACAAGAAAGAAGCAUUUAAUUUAUGACUUCCAAGUUAUAUAUGAUGAUUUCAAAGGUAAAACUCCAUUUGUUGGUAUCAUUCAAACACGUGAUCCACGUCUGCUUAUUCUGGAACCUGAAGUUGUCAAGGACGUUCUCAUCAGAAAAUUUAACAGUUUUCGUAACACCGAAUUUCCUGACAUGAUUGAUACUGAACAAGAUCCAUUAUUUGCACAGAAUCCAUUUUUCUUAAAAGAUGAGGAAUGGAAAGAAAAGAGAGCUGAGAUCACUCCAGCAUUCACAACUAGCCGCUUGAAAGCACUUUAUCCACUUAUCGAAGACGUCAGUUCUCGCAUGGUCAAGUACAUCACAAAUGAGUCCAAAAAAUCCGAUCCAUUUGAUGCUCGUGAAUUAUCUGCAAAAUACACAACGGAUGUGGUCAGCAACUGUAUUUUUGGAAUCGAUGCUGAAUCAUUUACUAAAGAAAAGCCUGAAAUCCGCGAAAUGGGCAGAAAACUCUUAGCACCGUCACCCACAGUAAUAUUCAAAAUUUUCCUCGUCGAAUCUUUCAAGUUCCUCAAAGGUGUCAUUAAAAUUCGAUUUAUGCCGGAUGAUAUAAAGGACUUUUUUGUGAAUCUUUUGCAACAGGCAUUGAAGUAUAGGAAAGAAAAUAAUGUCCAACGUGAAGACUUUCUUGACUACAUCAUUCAAUUAAGGAACAAGAAGAACAUCAGCGAAUUGGAGAUGGCAUCGCACACGAUCAGCUUCUUCACAGAUGGCUUUGAGACAUCGUCGAUUGCUAUUUCAUAUGCUCUUUACGAGCUUGCCAAGAAUAAACGUGUUCAGGAUAAACUCCGUGUGGAAGUAAACAAACAUUGUGAUGAUAAUGGACUCCUUAACUUUGAGACAUUGAAUGAUAUCGCUUAUCUUGAUCAAGUAUUUCAUGAAGCUUUAAGAUUGCAUCCACCGGCACUUUUAACAUCAAGAAUGUGCACAGAAACUGUUGAUCUUGAACAUGAUGGGAAGAAAGUUACUGUUGAGAAAGAAAAGAAUGUUUUUAUUCCAAUUAUGCAGAUCCAUUAUGAUUCUGAAUACUAUUUGGAACCAAAGAGCUUCCAACCUGAAAGGUUCGAUGACGGAGCUUUGAAGGAUUAUUUGGAUCGUUGUGUCUUGAUGCCAUUUGGUGCUGGGCCGAGGAUCUGUCUCGGUAUGAGAUUCGCUUCACUGCAAAGCAAAGCUGCUAUUGCUGCAAUUAUCCAUAACUUUGAAAUGUCAGUCAAUGAGAAAACACAAGACAACCCAUUCAUCAUUGAUCCAAAGGAAUUUUUGAACUUUAAAGUUGGCGGAUUGUGGCUGAACUUUAAACCUUUAAAAAAAGAAUAA